CAGUUCCUAUCAUAUUCAGUUUCCUAAAUUAGCUACUUAGUUAUUCACAGACACUAUGGCUCAGCUGUCUCUUCAAGAGAAAUUGAAGUUUGAUGCAGAAUACAAGGUUCCUGUUGACAAGAUCCAUGAGUUCUGGAGCAGCAGCCUUGGCCACAUCCCAAAAUUCUGUCGAGACACAUUUCACAACAUUGAGUUAGUCCAAGGUCGCUGGGGAAAUGAAGGCUGCAUCCAUAAGUGGACUUACAGUCUUGAUGGAAAAGUUUUAACUUGUAACUCAAUGACUGAGACACUGGAUUACAAGAAAAAAUAUAUUACUUUCAACGUAAUUGGUGGGGAUCUUUUAGAGCCUUACUACAAGAGCUUCAAGUUUGUUGUUCAAUUUACUCCCAAGGAUGAUGGGGGCAGCUUGGGAAACUGGACUUUGGUGUACGAGAAGCUGAAUGAAAAUGUUCCAGACCCCAUCUCGCUGCGUGAGGCAUGUAUUCAGCUCAACAAAGCUAUUGAUGCUUACCUUAAUCAGGCUUAAACACAAUCUAUUAUGAAAUAAUUAAUCCCAUGUGUGCUGGCUAUAAUCUAUGUAUGUUGUAUGGUUUUGUAAUAUCUAAUGCUACUAGAAUAAAGAAAACCUGAGAGU